UUCUUCCUCUCCACGCAUUCCCCACUAUAAUGUCAUGGUUCUCAAAUGCAAUGUCACUCAAGGCGGGUGUGAGCGGAUCUUACAGGUGUAUUGCCAAUUUAACCAGAGUUCGAGAAGAAACACCUGGAAUCAUCAUGUGAUCCUGUACCUGGGCGUGGAGAAAGUCCCUGUUAUUUUCUGGACUCUUGUUGAGUGUCGUCUUUCCGUAGGAAUUGUCAACCAGUGCGUGCCCCACUGUAUUUUCUAAGGAACGGCGCCUUUCUGUAACCCUUUCCGCACGAAGUCAGGAAGAGUAAAAUGUGAACUUUACAUGCAUUUUGCUUGGGGGUUAUUUUUAAUUUUUAGGGGGACUUUGAAACCCAACGGCUUGUGUUUGUGCAACUAUACUGUUCUUCCAAGCACUUCUUUACUGUGGCCACCCUGGAGAGGCCUGAAUAAACAGGAGAGCAGACGACGAAGGGAUAUGAUUGUGGACUUCCUGCUUGGCAACUACAGGAAGUAAUUGAGCUCUACAGGAAAGAUGACAAGCUGGGUCCAGGCCGCUCUUCUUCUCCUCUGUCUCCUCCUGUUAUGCCUGUCUGCAGCCGGGAACCAGCUGCAGGAGGAGGCGCUCCUGGACUUCUCCUCCAUAACGCCCAUCAACAACGUGGUUCAAGACCCCCGCAGCGGGCGCGUCUACCUAGGUGCCGUCAACACCAUCUACCAGCUGGAUGAGGCGCUGCGUGAAGAGGCCCGCACCGUGACUGGCCCCAAGGAGGAUGCCCGCACCUGCACCCCGCCUGUCUCCACUCCGUACUGCCAGGACACCAAACCCAGCCCUAAUGUCAACAAGCUGCUUCUGGUGCACCCAUCCAACGGCUCACUGAUCGUCUGUGGGUCCCGCUACCGGGGAAUCUGUUCCCUCCUCAACCUGAGCAACGUGGAGCAGCAACUGUACUACAGUGACUCUAAGGGGGAGAGGACUUAUGUGGCUAGCAUAGAGGACGGUGUAGCCGUGGUGGCCGUCAUGUCUACAUACAUUAAUAAAGACGGCAACACCUUUAAUGUGUUUCUGGUGGGAAAGGGCUACGGCAGCCUGGACAGCUCCAAACUCAUCAGCACACGCAUCCUCCAGGACUACCGUGACUGGGUGGUAUUCGAGAGCAUCAUCGAGGCGUCCACCGUGCAGGCAACACCCUUCGUGCCCAAGUACCUGCAUGACUUCCGCCACGCCUUCAAGGAGGAGGGCUUUGUCUACUUCCUGUUCUCCAGGACCAUGGGAAGCACCGAUAACAAGAACUUCACCUUUGUGUCUCGACUGUGUGAGGACGACCCUCACUACUACUCUUACACAGAGCUGCAGCUCAACUGUGGUCCGGGGAACAGGUACAACAAGGUGCAGGCAGCCUAUGUGGCAUCCCCAGGUAAAGAGCUGGCCCGGGGGAUGACAGAGUCGGGUCAGUAUGGUAAGGUCCUCGCCUGGCACAAGGUGUUGUUCAUGGUGGCAAGCCCAGAUGACGACGGCGCCGAUUCGGCCCUGUGCAUGUACCCUCUAAACACCAUCAAUGAGAGGCUGGUGGACAUAAUCAGUGCCUGCUAUAGCGACUCGGGCAAGAUUGCAGGCAUCCCAGCUGUGGACAUCCCCUACUCCUACAAGACAGACGAGUUCUGCACCUCCCAUAUCGACAAAGACACUCUGAACAACUAUAAGUGUGGGGCGGACUUCCUUCCCUCUCCACUGGCCAGUAAGCCAGAGUUUGCCCAGCAGGCGAAGGCGGUCAUCAUCAGGAGGGGCCUGCUGACCGCUGUGGCUAUCGCUGUGGAGAAUGACCACACUAUCGCCUUCCUGGGGAACAGCUUGGGGGAGGUGUACAAGGUUCAUCUGACUGCCAACCCAGAGGUGUACAGUCAAGUGCCAGGGGACACCACAGGGAAACGCGUCAACAAAAAACUCUUCUUUGACACUAGCCACAGCCACCUGUAUAUCACCACUGAGAAAAAGAUCACCAAGGUGCCAGUGCAGACGUGCCAUCUGAAAACAGACUGCCAGUCCUGUGUGUCGCCAUGGGACCCCUACUGUGGCUGGUGUGUUCUGGAGGGCAGGUGUACCAGGAGGUCUGAUUGCCGGCGAGCGGAGGAGAAGAACGGCUGGUUGUGGAGCCCCAAGCAGCAGUGUGUGAAGAUCGUGUCCUUCAACCCACCCAACCUCAGCUGCAAAAAGACCCAGCAGGUGGAAAUCAAUGUGCCCUCCCUCCCCUCCUUCGGGCAGGCAGACCGUCUGUGCUGUGUGUUCCCCUCCUAUAUGAGUGACGCCACCAUGUCCUCUGGCCAGGUCACUUGUGCCCUGCCCAACCCUGUCUCCUUACCAUCCACACCUGAACACCAGGAUUUCGUGGCGGUGCCCAUUAAGAUCUUUGUGAACGAGUCAGUGGAGCUGGCCACCAGGGAGUUCAAUUUCUACAACUGUUCAGCCACUGUGAGGAAAGCAGAGAGCACACCAUGUUUGUCGUGUGUGGCCAGCCCAUGGGGCUGCCAGUGGAACACCCAGGACCACACCUGCCGGGACAAGGACAACACUGUGUUGGGCCCUCAAAUCAUCAAACACAGACAGGGGGCAAGAUGUCCCCAGUUCGAGAACCCUGAUCCUGUGCUCAUUCCUGUGGGGUUCAAAACCACCAUCGGCUUCGAGGGCAUCAACCUGGAUGUUUACCAGGACCGGGUGUUCACCAUCGGCACAGAGCUGAUGAGUAACAUGGAGGAGGACGUCAGGUCUGAAGAUGGCCCCUUCUACAGCUUCAGCGGUUUUAACUUUUCCUUGGAUAAGUCACAGGAGACCAACGUUCUGUUCUACGUGAAGGACAAACAGACGGGCAAGAAAAUAGACAGCACACUGAAUGUGACCCUAUAUAGCUGCUCGCUGGGCCGUGAGGACUGCAGCCUGUGUAAGAACGCUGACCCUAAGUACAGGUGUGUGUGGUGUGUCAAAAGGAAGUCGUGCGUCUAUGAGAAGCUGUGUACUAAUGACCAGGGUACAGAGUGCCCUGACCCACACAUCACUGACAUCAUCCCUCGCUACGGGCCCGUGAGGGGGGGCAUCUCUGUCACCAUCAAGGGCUCCAACCUGGGCAUCCACAAGGAGGACAUCAAGGCCAUCAGUGUGGUGGGGGUCCCCUGUAUACAUCAGGAGAACAAAUACGCCGUUUCCACCAGCGUGGUGUGUGAGAUCGGGCCCUUGGAAACCCUGAGUACAAACUGUGGCCAGGUGGAGGUGGAGGUAGAGGGAGGGAAGAGAGGAACGUCGUCUGCUUUCUUCACAUACCGGGACCCCAUCGCCCGCUCGGUUCGCCCCGCCAACGGCUCCAAGGCCGGGGGGACGGUCAUCACCAUCUCUGGUUUCAACCUGGACACAGCCACCAGGGAGGACAUUGCCGUCACCGUUGGGGGGGUGGUGUGCACUGUGGAGACGUUUGGUGCAGCCAUCACCUGCAGGAUGGGAGAGUACCGGGCGGAUAAGGUCCCCUCUGACCUGCUCACAGUGACAGUAAAGUAUGGGAAGAGAACCACCACAGCCGUCCCCACAGCCUUCCAGUUCUGGGAGAACCCCACUAUCCUGGACCACCACCCCAAGGGAAGCUUUGUGUGCGGUGGGAGGACCAUCGUGGUGACUGGAUCUGGGUUUGACCUAAUUCAGAACGCCAUCAUGAGGGUCCAGGCCUCGGCUGACAAGUGGUCCGGCAUAACUCCCACUGAGUACCUCCAGGAGGCUCUGAGUAAGAACAACACGGUAAUCCAGUUCCUGACCCCGGCCGUCAACAGGUCCUCUGAGACCCAUUUGUUCAGGACCUUCAUCCAGCUGGACAACUGGGGGAGGGAGCUCAAGCCCUUCGACUACCACCCUGACCCUGCCUUCGACCCCCUCACCAAAAAGAUCAUCACUGAGACCUCCAUCAUUGUCGUCACUGGUCGAGGUUUUGAAAAAGCCAUGACAGCCAAAGAGGCCCAGGCGUUUGUGGGGGAUGUCCCGUGCUAUGUCAACGCCCUCCAGGAUGACAAGCUGUUCUUGGAUCCCCCGUCCAGCCAGCCCCAGGCCCGCUCCAAACGCCACCGCAGACGCAGAGACACCAGCUCCGACACAUUGGACCUGCUGAUUAAGUUUGGGAAUGGCGAGUGGGUGGUGGGCUCUGUGCACUACGAGAGCAAUAAUGAGGUUCCUCUCUUCAUCAUCAUCCCUGCUGUCAUCAUCCCCAUGCUGCUCAUCAUCCUCGUCUCCGUCUACUGCUACAGGAGGAAGAGCCAGCAGGCUGAAAGAGAGUAUGAGAAGGUGAAACACCAACUGGAGAAUUUGGAGGAGAGUGUACGAGACCGCUGCAAGAAAGAGUUCACAGACCUGAUGAUAGAGAUGGAGGACCAUACCAACGAACUGAGCGAGGGGCGAAUCCCCUUCCUGGACUAUAAGACCUACACGGACCGCGUCUUCUUCCUGCCCUCCAAGGACGGGGCCAAUGAUGUGAUGAUCACGGGCAAGCUGGACAUCCCUGAGGCACGGAAGGCCAUCGUGGGCCAUGCCCUCAACCAGUUCUCUAACCUGCUUAACUCCAAGACCUUUCUAAUCAAUUUCAUCAAGACCUUGGAAGGACGUCCAGACUUCAACGCCCGGGCCAAGGUGUACUUUGCCUCCCUGCUGACGGUGGCUCUGCAUGGGAAGCUGGAGUACUACACGGACAUCAUGAGGACCUUGCUGCUGGAACUCAUGGGGAACUAUGUCGACAGCAAGAACCCCAAACUCAUGCUGCGCAGGUCAGAGACAGUGGUGGAGAGGAUGCUGUGUAAUUGGAUGUCCAUCUGUCUUUACCAGUUCCUCAAGGACUCAGCAGGGGAACCCCUGUACAAGCUGUUCAGGGCCAUCAAGCAUCAGACAGAGAAGGGUCCAGUAGACGCCAGAGUGAAGAAGGCCAAGUACACCCUGAACGACACGGGCCUGCUGGGAGACGACGUGGAGUACUGCGUCCUGACUCUGCAGGUGCUGGUGCACGGGGAGGGGCCAGACGUGACGCCCGUCAAGGUCUUGAACUGUGACACUGUGUCUCAGGUGAAGGAAAAGAUCAUCGAGGCGGUGUACAGGAACCUGCCCUACUCACAGAGACCCAAAGUGGACAGCGUCAGUCUGGAGUGGCGUCCUGGUUCCACAGGGCAGAUUCUGUCAGACCUGGACCUGACGUCCCAGAAGGAGGGCAGGUGGAGGCGCAUCAACACACUGGCCCACUACAACGUGCGAGACAAUGCUACUCUAGUCCUGUCCAUAGUUCUUCACACUCAACAGAACUAUGACCAGAACCAGGAUAACCAAGAGGAGAGAAACGCCCUGUUGGAGGAUGACAAGGUGUUCCACCUGGUUCGGCCUGAUGAGCUGGAUGAGAUGAAGUCCAAGAGGGGCAGCAUGAAGGACAAGUCCAUGACCAAAGCCAUCACUGAGAUCUAUCUCACACGACUGCUCUCUGUCAAGGGAACCCUGCAACAGUUUGUGGAUGACUUCUUCCGCAGCGUUUUGUGUUCCGGGUCGGUGGUGCCACCCGCCAUCAAGUACUUCUUUGACUUCCUGGACGAGCAGGCCCUCAAACAUGACAACGUGGACGAGGAGACCGUACACAUCUGGAAGACAAACAGCUUGCCUCUGAGGUUCUGGGUGAACAUCCUGAAGAACCCUCACUUCACCUUCGACGUCCACGUGACAGAGGUAGUGGACGCCUCGCUGUCUGUCAUCGCUCAGACCUUCAUGGACGCCUGCACCAAGACAGAGCACAAACUCAGCCGAGACUCUCCAAGUAACAAGCUACUCUAUGCAAAGGAGAUCUCCACCUACAAGAAGAUGGUCGAUGAUUACUACAAGGGCAUCAGACAGAUGGUAUCAGUCAGCGACCAGGACAUGAACACUCAUCUGGCAGAGGUGUCUCGGACUCAUACAGACAAACUCAACACACAAGUGGCUCUGCAUCAGCUCUACCAGUACGCCAGCAAAUACUACGACGGGAUCAUCCAGUCCCUAGAUGAGGACCCGGCAGCCCAGAGUAAACAGCUCACCCUGCGGCUUCAGCGGAUAGCAGCCGCCCUUGAGAAUAAAGUGACAGACCUCUAACCCACUGGAGGAGACAGGGAGACGGAGAGGGAGGGAUGGAGGGAGAUGGUACCGUGCCACCAGUGUCCACAGGGGCUUAUUUAUCCUGGCGGAGGAGAAAGAAACAGAGAAAGGGGUCCCGCAAGGCCUUGACGUUGACACCUUCAACCCAGCAGGCCCAGAAUGUGGGACAGAUCAGAGUCUGCAGAGUGGAACAGAAUAGGACCAAUGAAAUAAAGACAGAUCAGAGUCUGCAGAGUGGAACAGAAUAGGACCAAUGAAAUAAAGACAGAUCAGAGUCUACAGAGUGGAACAGAAUAGGACCAAUGAAAUAAAGACAGAUCAGAGUCUACAGAGUGGAACAGAAUAGGACCAAUGAAAUAAAGACAGAUCAGAGUCUACAAAGUGGAACAGAAUAGGACCAAUGAAAUAAAGACAGAUCAGAGUCUGCAGAGUGGAACAGAAUAGGACCAAUGAAAUAAAGACAGAUCAGAGUCUGCAGAGUGGAACAGAAUAGGACCAAUGAAACAAAGACAGACAGAUGAUGAUGGGUUACACAUGUCAUCAUCCUGUAGGAACGCCUUAACUUAAAUCCACUUGCCAAACAGAAAUAAUUGGUCCUGAACACUCACUCUGGCUGUUCCCACAAUGGAACAGGUGGCCAGCCCUGGGAAAUAAACCCCUGUAUUGAACACUGCUUGGCACAAGGAGAUAAUCAGAUGUUCAAUGUCAUCCUGUCUAGAAAAGUUGUAAGAAUUGUAUUAUAUUUUUUUUAUUGUGCAUUCUUUAUGCGGAAAGCUUUAUAAGGAGAAAUGAUCUUUUAAAAUGGACUGCCUUGUGGUGUGUAUUAUGUUUCUACAGCCUGUGUGUGUGUGUGUGUGUGUGUGUGUGUGUGUGUGUGUGUGUGUGUGUGUGUGUGUGUGUGUGUGUGUGUGUGUGUGUGUGUGUGUGUGUGUGUGUGUGUGUGUGUGUGUGUGUGUGUGUGUGUGUGUGUGUGUGUGUGUGUGUGUGUGUGUGUGUGUGUGUGUGUGUGUGUGUGCACGGAAUGCCUACUGUCAGGCCAGAGGGUGGAUGCCAUAUCUGUUAUUUUAAUCUCAACUAGUCACUGACACUCAGGAGCCCGUUCUCCCACUGAGCUCCUCUACACAGACCAAAUGGUCAGGCUAACUAUACACUUCUUGAAAAUGACAGGCCUACUAGUGACAGGUCGACUUGUGACAGGCCGACUAGUGACAGGUUGACUUGUGACAGGCCGACUAGUGACAGGUCGACUUGUGACCGGCCUACUAGUGACAGGUCGACUUGUGACAGGCCUACUAGUGACAGGUCGACUUGUGACCGGCCUACUAGUGACAGGUCGACUUGUGACAGGCCUACUAGUGACAGGUCGACUUGUGACAGGUCGACUUGUGACCGGCCUACUAGUGACAGGUCGACUUGUGACAGGUCGACUUGUGACAGGCCGACUAGUGACAGGUUGACUUGUGACAGGCCUACUAGUGACAGGUCGACUUGUGACCGGCCUACUAGUGACAGGUCGACUUGUGACAGGCCUACUAGUGACAGGUCGACUUGUGACAGGCCUACUAGUGACAGGUCGACUUGUGACAGGUCGACUUGUGACCGGCCUACUAGUGACAGGUCGACUUGUGACAGGCCUACUAGUGACAGGUUGACUUGUGACAGGUCGACUUGUGACAGGUCGACUUGUGACCGGCCUACUAGUGACAUGUCGACUUGUGACAGGCCUACUAGUGACAGGUCGACUAGUGACAGGUCGACUUGUGACCGGCCUACUAGUGACAGGUCGACUUGUGACAGGCCGACUAGUGACAGGUCGACUUGUGACAGGCCUACUAGUGACAGGUCGACUUGUGACAGGCCUACUAGUGACAGGUCGACUAGUGACAGGUCGACUUGUGACCGGCCUACUAGUGACAGGUCGACUUGUGACAGGCCGACUAGUGACAGGUCGACUUGUGACAGGCCUACUAGUGACAGGUCGACUUGUGACAGGCCUACUAGUGACAGGUCGACUAGUGACAGGUCGACUUGUGACCGGCCUACUAGUGACAGGUCGACUAGUGACAGGUCGACUUGUGACAGGCCGACUAGUGACAGGCCUACUAGUGACAGGCCUACUAGUGACAGGUCGACUAGUGACAGGUCGACUUGUGACAGGCCGACUAGUGACAGGCCGACUAAGGAUUUUCCAAAUGAUCGGUUUUAAUUGUAUUUUUAUUUUGAUUCACAUGCUUCAUAGCUCGAUGGCAGGGUUUGGUUGCCAAUACGCCCUCACACUCAAACAUCCAUAACACUGCUAUUUCCCCUUGUUGGAGUACAUUCUCACACAUUCUACUGGAACCUCAGUUAGUUUUGACCUCCAGUUUAUAAUGUUUUAUCUUUUUAAGCUAAAUAUCUCCCAAAUCAUUUAAUAUAUUUUGAAAAGCAUAAAAUGACAUUUUAAGUCAGGCGAAUUACAUUUGACUCUGUAGCCAGUCAAGCAAACAUCCUGCAAUAACAUAACAUUUUUUAGACACGAGACAUUGGGAUAUCAUUAAUCUCCCAUUCAUGUGUUUUACUUUAUAGAAUAUAGAAUUUGUUGUUUACCAUUUCAUCUACACUAGUGAAGCAGCAAUACUUUAGUACUUGAGUGAAAAUAUACUGAGAAGGAAAUAUAAAUAAUAUGACAGCAGAUACAGUGCCUUGCGAAAGUAUUCGGCCCCCUUGAACUUUGCGACCUUUUGCCACAUUUCAGGCUUCAAACAUAGAAAGAAAUAAAACUGUAUUUUUUUGUGAAGAAUCAACAACA